AUGGGCUCUUCGCGGGGAUGUAGGUGUCCCCAGAAGCACCAGCGCCCAGCUGAGAUGGCAGCGGCAGAUGGCAAGCCAGCCCCGGCAGAAAAGCACCUCGAGGGGGACGCGGCAGCGCGGUGCUGUGCGGAGACUGGAGGAAUCGCGAGCCCCAUGCCGCCCCCGCUGUCCCCGCACUGCUCGCUGCAGGACCUGCCGGUGGAGAUGCUGGUGGAGAUCUUCGCCCGGGUUCCCGCCACCGACCUGCCCAGCCUGGCCGAGGCCUGCACCAAAUUCCACCACACCCUGCACAUCGACAGCAUCUGGAGACGGCGCUGCCGGGAGGAGUUUGGCAUUCGUGAAAACUUGCAGAACCUGGAGAUGAUGGGCCUUCCUUGCACACCCAUGUGGGUGGGUGGCCCCAUACAUUUCAAGCCCGUGCUCAGAAUUCGCCUGACGGAGAGGAAAUCAGCCGCGGUGGAGUGCAUGGAAGGCCUCCACAGCAGGCCCCACAACCGCCAGGUGCUGAUUCAGAAGGACUGGUUCACCACCCAUUGCAACCAGACAUACCACCGAAAGGAUUUAACAGCGAGUCUUAGGGAUGAAUGGGUGCGGGUGCAGAUAGGGGAGGACAGAGAGCGGUAUGACUGCCUGCCCUACCGCCGCCUCUACCUCCCGCCGAGCCACCCAGACGACCUCAUCAGGCCAGGCCUCUUCCAAUACUACUUCGAUGACUUUGGCCUAAAGAUUGCCAUGCUCAGCUUCCAUGGGAAGUAUGCCCGGGUCACCGAUAUCACGGGAGACUCCAAGAAGACAUUACAGAUCCACCUCAUGCGCCGCAUCCAGCUGCGAGAUGGCGAGAUCUUCAGCAACUUCAACGAGCUCUCCCGCGUGGUCCAGGAGAUUGAGGAGCAGGUGAUCCGGGAGCAGCAGCAGCAGCAGCAAGAAGACGGGACUGAGGAAAGCGAGGGCCUUGGCUGGCAGAGCCCUGCCCAGCCCAGCGUCGGGGAGUCCAGGGCUGCAGCUCGGGAGGAGCAGCCUGUUCCGUUUGUUCUGCCUGUGGGCGUGCGCUCAAGAGGCCGGAACUACCCCAGAACCUGCAGGAUGUGUUUCUAAGGCGUGGACACUCUUGCCAUAAUUGGCUCAUCCAACCGCAAGAGCUUCCCCGGAGUCUUCAUCCUGUUCGAUGAGAACCACUUCGGAUUCAUCUGGCGAGAGGAGAAACGCUUCUUCCCUUACAGCAGAGUCCAGAACACCUUCCAGAAUGUGGAGGCACCAUCCCCGCAGGCUUUCCUGGAGAUGCUCAAGAACAUUCAGUCCAUGCCCUAA